UAAAUAAAUCGGCAUUUAACGAAAAUUUAAGACACGCGUAGCAUCACUAAUUGUGCACGAAGACAUAAGUACCGAGUCAAAAUGACGGCGUUUUGUUGUUUUUUUAUGUAUUUUAUCAUCUUCUUUAGUGGACAAUUGAACGUUGCUUCGGGAAGUAUUUACCAGGCUGGAUUUAUAAACUAUGGCCGGUUGUACAACAAUGAUGGUCAGGUUUGUAUCUCGGAUAGAACCGUGUUUAAGGCAGACAGUGUGACAUCUUGGGUGGAAUGCGCUGUACUAUGUUCGAACACUGACCUGUGUUUCGCAAUAUUCUACAAUUCAGAAACAAGGAAGUGCACUGGUUGCACUUACUUUGGUGAUAAUGAAACACUCAUCGAUGCUGGAACAAAGUUUUACAGUCGCAUAGGUUAUCGGCUCAUUCAACAACAGAUGAGUUGGACAAAUGCAAAGGCGAAAUGUUUAGAACUAGGAGGUAGUCUGGUGUCAAUAAAGUCUCUACAAGAACAUGAUUUUAUUGUUAGGAUUCUUAGUGGAUUCUAUGCCGUUGAUACUGAUUUACGUAUAUGGAUUGGGGGAAAUGAUAUGGCAACAGAAGGAACGUUCCUAUGGGAAGACGAGACAGCCUUCGCUGAAACUCCCGGUGCUACCAAAUGGGGCCCAAGACAACCAAACAACUAUAAUUCUCAAGAUUGUGUUCAAUUAUAUAAUGAAGAUUGCGAAUGGUAUUGGAAUGAUGAGAGUUGUGUUUUGAAAUUGUACAGCGUAUGUGAUAUGAAUUAAUGCAAUCAUAUCAAUAUUAUUCAUUUUUGUGCAAUUACUAUACCACUGAUUAUUUCAUGUCACGAAUUUACACCUUUUUCAAUUGACCUGUCGCUUACUUUAAUUAAGACUUUAAGAUUCGAAAAGUUUUAAAGAGAACAAGAAUAUAUUACAUAAGAAUUAAACAAAAAAUAAUAUUGAUUUCACCUUAUAUAUACAAUAACACAUCACUGAAUUUGGUAGAAUCAAAUUUCACAAACUUUGACUAAUACAAAAAUGAUGAACUGAACAACAAUAAACUUUGUUUAUCAACCUAUUACACUAUUUGUAGUAUAAUGUUUAUAGACGAGAAGCUUAUUAAUCAACUGGUUUGAACAAUAUUGAACCAAAUAUUUGACGUAACUGUUAAACCCACAUCGAAACUUUUAUUGCAUUUAUGAUCAACUAUUAACAGUUAUGUUGAAACUGGCUCAUUUCCAGACUCUCCAAAAGAAGCUUACGUUAUUUUAUGCCUAUAUCUAAAGGUGAUGACUUAGAGAAUUUAAGCAUAUGCAGGCCUGUAUCUAUAAUGUCACACAUUAUUUCUAUGUGAAAAAAAAUAUAUUUUCCUCAAGGAUAAAAGUUGUUUAUUUAAAAAAGAAAGGACAUUAAAGAUAACUAUGUCGAAACAGUUAACAGAUACACAGACUGUAAAAUAGGAUUAGAACAGUCGGGUGAAAGAAAGAGGGGGAGAAUAUAUUGACUAUCCUUUUAUCACAAUUUUCUGUUUGAUAUGAAUAAAUGGUCAAUUAAAUUUUUUUUCGCCAUUAAAUUGGACGCAUAUUUUAGUCUUAUAGUUGAAUUCUUGGUAUCUUGGUUGACAACUUGAACGUGCCAUUCUCUAGAAAAUAGAAGUGUAAGCGAAUUUGUGAUGCCGGAAAAAACAGGUGCCGUUGCUUUUCGUUCGCUUAUAAUGUUUCAACGGUUAAAAAUUAUGAACAAUAAAUCAAAGAAAUUAAUAAAACGUUGUUGAAACGUUUUUAUAUCUUGUAUGGGUCGUAUGUUUAUAGUUAAAAAGAGUGUGUGCAUGGUCACUUUAUUGUUUUAGUUUGCUGAAUAAUGCUUUAUACAUGUUCUGAAGAAGUUGUGUCUGGUAAAUCCUGCAGCACGAUAAAGACUGUCUUUGAGACCAAAUCUCAGGACCAUACGAUUGUUUCGUCUUACAUGGUUUCUUGUAGUUUUUUGUUGAAAUUUCGUGUAAUGCAGCCAAUCUCCGAAAGUAUUGAUUUAUUAACUGAUUACACAGUACACACAACUCGCUUUAAAUACUUUGACACGUUUUUUUCCAAAUCAGAAUCAUUUAUCAAAAUCUGAACAUAUUUUGCAUGAAAAUGCUGUAAUUCAGAUUGUUUAUUAACUUGGUUAGGAAAUAUUAUUAGUACACUUUCAGCUCAUUGAUAAAAAUAGUGCUGGUACAAGUAGGAUAUUUUCAAUUAUUAUUUCAAUCACCCCAAAACCGAUAUUUUAGCACAUAUUUUCAAUAUAAAAGGUAUUUACUCUUUUUUUCUUGGAUUAUUGUAUGUAAAGUUAUUACUACGAUUUUAUAUAGUAUCCCAGGCAAUGCGCAUGUAUUGAUGUAUGAAGUUUUCAAACAAUCCACUGUAACAGCAGUAAACUGUAGCAUUCAAAAGAAUCCAUACCUUA